CUUCCGCUCUCAUCAUAAAGCUGCCAUCUUCCACAAGCCUCCACACACUUCUGCCUUGGGCCUAGCUCUUGAGUUAUUCAUUUCCUUCAGCACCACCUUGGCCUUUUCCCUUGGCUCUCUCCCGGCAGCAUGGCAGCUCAGCUAUCAUCACCACGAGUGCGCCAGAGCCUUUAUCUGAACUGUGAGUCCGCGAUUAACAUGCAGAUAAACUUGGAGCUCUAUGCCUCCUAUACCUAUCUGUCUAUGAGUUACUAUUUCACACGUGAUGAUGUGGCUAUGAAAAACUUAGCCCGGUUCUUCCUGCGCCUGUCCAGCGAAGAGAGAGCAAAUGCUGAGAAUCUAAUUCAGUUACAAAAACAGCGCGGAGCACACACAAAUCUCCUUGAGAUCCAAGUGUGUGAGGACUGGGAGAGUGGACCAAAGGCCGUGGAUUUUGCUCUUGGCCUAGAGAAGCAUGUGAACCAGAACCUAUCCAAUCUGCACCAACUGGCCACCAACACAAAUGAUAUCCAACUGUGCGACUUCCUGGAAAGUCACUAUCUGCAUGAUGAAGUCAAGUCCCCCCAACAGUCGGGUGACCCUUCCACCUGCCAGAGAAGGUUCCGGGCUCUAGAACAGGACCUGUCUGAGUACUUCUUUCAAUACCUUACCCUGGAUGACUAAUAGAACUGAGCUUGGACUGCUUUUCCCAUCGCUAUGGGCUACCACAUUAUUAUAUCACCCUUGGAAAACAUUACUCCAACUUUUAUCAUCCAUUGGUAUUUCUAUCAAUAAAAUCACUGGGUC